AUGGCAGAGGCCAACACAAAGAUGGCCGGGUCAACUGUACGUGUUGAUGGAUACAGAGCCACCAGCAAAUUUACCAAGCGCUCUGUGGAAUGUUUAAAUAUUUUCAGUGGAGCUUGCGAAGCAAAAGAACAAGACGGUUUUGUGAAAUACGUCGACGUGGAUAUCUUUGGACGAUGCAGCAACACCAGCCUAUGUCGACAGCCAAACACAAGCGCAGACUGCCUCACGCCGGAACUGAACAAAUACAAGUUUUAUCUGUCUUUCGAGAACUCCUUUUGUAAGGAUUACUUCACAGAAAAACUGCUUCGAUUAUUUCUACCAAAUAUAAACGUGGUACCAGUAGUUAGAGGCGGCGCAGAUUAUGAUAGAAGUAUUCCUGAAAAUACUUUUAUUAAUGCUGAUAGCUUUAAAACAGCUAAAGAUUUGGCUAUGUUUUUGAAGAAUUUGAGCUCAGAUGUUGAGCGGUAUAGCGAUAUUCUGAGAGCUAAGGACCAAUACAGGUUUUUAAGGACACCAAAUUUUUACUGCACAAUUUGUAACAAGUUGAGAAACGCAAGCAUCAAACCCAAAGUCUACGAUAGCAAAGCUUGGCUUGAAGAGCAAUGCCGUGAUCCAAAAAAGUUUAAAUAA